AUGGCUGUACUACCCGGCCGUUCCGUGUCGCCGCAGCGAGGUACAGCACACGUCUCUCGGCAACCGUCGGCGCGGCGGAGUGUCUACGCAUUCACAGCUCCGUGCAGAGCUCUACUUGUUUUCGCUUCGUUUUUCAGUGGUGGUGUUCACUAUAGGGCUCUCGAUUGUCUCUCAGUGUUGGCUUUGCGGCUGUUCCAGUAUAAUUCAUAA